AUGUUUUUCGGUGGAUUCCCGUUCGAAGGAAUGCCCGGCGGAGGUAUUCCUCAUCACAGAUCAAAGGAGGCCUCCGAUACAGAACAGUUAUAUAAAAUCCUGGACCUGCCAAAAAACUGUACAGAAAGUGAAAUAAAGAAGGCGUACAGGAAACUGGCGAUAAAACAUCACCCAGAUAAAGGAGGAGACCCCGAGAAGUUUAAAGAAAUCUCAAAAGCGUAUGAGAUUCUGUCGGAUCCCGACAAGAGAAAGAUAUAUGACGAGCACGGCGAGGACGGGCUGGACGGCAGCUUCACAGCCACCGACGCCACAGAUAUAUUUGAUUUGUUUUUCGGAGGACGUAAGUCGGCGAAGAAGAAGGGUGAAGAUUUAAUAUCACACCUUAAAGUUUCAUUAGAACAGAUAUAUAAUGGAACCAUGAAGAAGUUGUCAAUCACAAAGGAUCCAUGCUCGGGAAGAGGCCUGAUCCAGACGAAGAAGAUACUGGAGGUGAUCGUGGAAAAGGGGGUCCCGGACCAGCAUAGAAUCACCUUCCACGGAGAGGCUGAUCAGAGGCCGAACCAAACGCCGGGCUCGGUGGUAUUCAUAAUCGACCAGAACCCGCACGACACGUUCAAGAGGAGCGGCAACGACCUCUUCAUGACGAAGGCGAUACCGCUUUACGAGGCGCUGACGGGCGCGACGUUUUACAUUACGCACCUGGACGACAGGGUCCUAAAGAUAAACACUCCGCCAGACGAAGUGGUGAAGCCAGGAUGCUGUAAAGUGAUAACAGGAGAGGGAAUGCCGGUCUACAAGAGCUCCUACGCAAAGGGGAACCUGUACGUGACGUUCGAAGUUAUUUUCCCAGUGGGAAGGACGUUCACGCAGGCAGAACAGUCGAAACUGCUGGAACUGUUCCCGUACACGCCGGAGACACCAGGAAGGCCGGACUCGGACAUCGAGGAGUACACAGCACAGCACUUCGACCUGGAGGACUACAGACUAGAAGGACAUCGCCGCUACGAAGAGGAAGAGGAAGUGGGAACGAAUCGAGUACAGUGCCGUCAGCAGUAA